AUGGCAUACAUUAUUUGGUUCAAUCUUCUGCUAUACAUCGUUUCAGUUCAAAAUAGUCCAGUCAAACAGAAGCAUGAAUGUCGUUAUUGCAAUGCGACUACGCUGACGCAUAAGGAAUAUUUAGAACAUCUUGAAACGCACAAGGAACAAGGCGUGAAAAAGUAUGACUGUCCACAUAUCGACUGUAAUGCGACCAUACAAGGCAAAGACGAAUAUAACAAACAUUUCCAAACGCACGAUAAACCAUUUCGUUAUCAGUGCAAACCUCCCGGUUGCAGAAAAGAAUUCUGUUAUCCAUCAUCAUUUUCCAAACACAAAGAAUCCUGUCAAUACAAACCUCAGAUUGAGCGAAAGCGUAAAUGUCGUUAUUGUACUGCAACGAUACAGAUGGGAAAGGAAUAUUCAAAACAUCUCGAAACCCACAAGGAACAAGGUUUGUAUAAGUGUACUUGGUCCACAUGUGGAAAGAAAUGGCGUACCCUAAAAUCACUUCGACAGCAUUACGAGAAACAUCAAUCUAAACUUCUAUGUGAAAUCUGUGGCUCUUUCUUUUCUUAUAAGAAAGGACUACGAAGGCACAAGAAACAAUGCCACGGAGUUAGAG